AUGCUGACUGGCAAGGCGCACCCCGGGCCGGGGGCAUUGGCGGCCCCCGCCAUGCGCCGCGUCGCGCCCGUGAAGCGCAUCCCGGUGCGCGUGGCCGCGUCGGGGAGCGUCCAGGCGCCGCCGGAGACGCCCAGCAAGGGAUCUGCGGAAGGCCCCACGAUCGUCGACAAGCAAGUCUUACACAGUUUGACUGAUACUGGGCGUGAGGUGAUAGGGAGCAUGGACGAGUUCAUCAGGACAGACGUUACAAAGAUGCUGAGGCCUGUUUCAAAAUCCUGGCAGCCAGCCGAUUUUCUUCCUUUGCCUGAAUCGUCGGAUUUCAUUGACCAGGUUGUGGAAUUGAGGACAAGGGUUCAGUGUCUGCCCACAGAAUACCUGGUGGUGCUAGUGGGUGAUAUGAUCACUGAGGAAGCAUUGCCAACAUACAUGGCGAUGCUCAAUACGCUGGAAGGCGUGUGUGAUGAGACUGGGGCCAGCCUGACCCCGUGGGCACAAUGGACUCGGCAGUGGACUGCUGAAGAAAAUAGACAUGGCGACCUCUUGAACAAAUAUUUGUAUCUUUCAGGGAGGGUGGACUUGAGAAAGAUAGAAACCACCAUUCAGAACUUGAUUGGCACUGGCAUGGAUCCCAAAACAGACAACAAUCCGUACCUGGGCUUCAUCUACACAUCUUUCCAGGAGAGAGCAACGAAGAUUUCCCAUGGGAAUACAGCAAACCAUGCCCUGGAGUAUGGCGAUGAUGUGCUGGCAAAGAUCUGUGGAACCAUCGCAUCUGAUGAGUCACGCCACGAAAUUGCAUACACAAAGAUUGUUGAUGAGCUGUUCCGUCUUGACCCAUCUGGCACGAUGUUGGCAUUUGCUGACAUGAUGCGCAAGCAGAUUGUUAUGCCUGCCCACUGGAUGAAUGACAAUGAACAUCAAGACAAGAACAAGAGGAGCCUGUUCGCAGACUUUUCAGCUGUUGCAGAGCGGUUGAAGGUAUACACUGCUAUGGACUAUGCCGACAUCAUGGAGCAUCUGAUCAAGCGCUGGAAUGUGGGAAAUAUCCGUGGCCUCUCUGCGGAUGCUGAAGCAGCCCAGGACUACUUGUGUGCCCUGCCACCCAGAAUCCGGAAAAUCUCAGAGAGAGCAGCUGGCCGUCGAGUGAGGGGUAAACCAGUGCAUGCGAGCUUCAGCUGGGUGUUUGACGAAUCUGUGCUGCUGCACGGCAGCUCGGUGUAG